CGUUUCUGCAAUGCAUUUACGUGUCCAUUUAUUUGUACACGCAAAUGACCAUCUACUAUAGGGUUCGAUUUGAUGAGCUAUAGAUAUAGAGAUGACGUCUGCUGAGCGAUUCAUAAUUGCUUCGUGUUGUUCGCGAUUGCUGUUUCGAAGUUAAUGCAUGUAUUUGCAGUUUGCAGAAAAUGCCUCUGAUCAGCUUCUGUUUCUCUGCUACUUCACUGUGUUGUAGUUGCAGUAAUUGAAGAGUGAAGAAAGAAGGUCGUUCCGCAAGGAAAGGAAUUCAAAGUAGGAAGUGGAAAUGGAGAAGAGUGUUCUGGACUCGCGGCUAUGGCAUGCUUGCGCUGGAGGUAUGGUGCAAAUGCCUCCGGUGAACUCGAAGGUCUUCUACUUCCCGCAAGGCCACGCUGAACACGCGUUCGCUGAUGUCGAUUUCUCUGCGUUGCCUAAAAUGCCUCCCCUGAUUCUAUGCAGAGUCAAUGCGGUGAAGUAUUUGGCGGACCUUGAAUCAGAUGAGGUUUACGCGAAGAUCCAGCUGGUUCCUGUAGCGAACAAUAACGAUCCUGACUUUGAAGAUGCGGUGAAAGGGACCGAUUCAUCUGAAAAGCCGACUUCAUUCGCUAAGACAUUGACUCAAUCCGAUGCCAACAAUGGCGGUGGAUUUUCUGUUCCCAGGUACUGUGCGGAGACGAUAUUUCCCCGUUUGGAUUAUGCCGCAGAUCCUCCCGUCCAGACAGUGAUCGCCAGGGAUGUUCACGGUGAGACCUGGAAGUUCAGGCACAUCUAUAGGGGGACACCAAGGAGGCAUUUGUUAACAACAGGCUGGAGUACGUUCGUGAACCACAAAAAGCUAGUUGCAGGCGAUUCAAUCGUGUUCCUGAGAGCAGACAAUGGUGAUCUUUGUGUUGGAAUUCGCAGGGCCAAAAGGGGUGGCGGAAACCUUUCAUCCGACACGUCAUCCUAUUGGAAUAUGGGUUCGGGAGGCUUUGUUGGAUUUUCGUCCCUUUUUAGGAAAGAUGAGGAUAGAAUGAAGAUUGGUGGUAGUACCAAUGGAAACCCAAAUUCUCCUACUGGGGGUUGUAAGCAAAGGGGAAGAGCGAGUCCCCAAUCUGUUAGUGAAGCUGCAUAUCUUGCUGCUACUGGGCAACCAUUUGAAGUUGUGUAUUAUCCAUGUGCAAACACACCAGAAUUCUGUGUUAGGGCAUCAUCUGUCAAUUCCUCCAUGGCUGUACGGUGGUCCAUAGGGUUGAGGUUCAAGAUGGCUUUUGAAACUGAAGAUACUUCUAGGAUAAGUUGGUUCAUGGGAACAAUAUCUUCUGUUCAAGUUUAUGACCCCAUCCUCUGGCCCAAUUCCCCAUGGAGGAUUCUUCAGGUAACAUGGGAUGAACCUGAUUUGCUUCAAAAUGUGAAGCAAGUUAGUCCGUGGCUAGUUGAAUUGAUCUCAAACUUGCCCAUGAUUCAUCUAUCACCUUUCUCACAACCAAGAAAAAAAUCUUGUUUACAACCUCUCACAAUCGAUGGCCAAUUCCCAAUCCCUUCAUUCUCAAGCAACCCCCUUGGGGUCCGCAGCUAUUCCCGUUGUCCAUCUGACAACAUUCCUGCAGGCAUGCAGGGAGCCAGGCAUGCUCAAUUCGGAGGACCAUUGUUUGGAGGACUCUUACCACCAACUGUCCAGCAAAUUGACUAUAACGAUACUGUUAAUACCCGAACGGAUGGCAAAAAUGAAAACAUCUCUUGCUCGUUAACCAUGGGGAAUAAUUAUACUGAAGACGUGCCCACGCCCCGAUUCAUGCUCUUUGGUCAGCCAAUACUGACUGAGCAGCAGGUGUCUACAAGGAAGAAGAAUUCGGGAAGUGACAUGCAAUUUGACCGAAAGAGCCAGGAUACUACUGGUCGCUGCGAUGUUUUUAUAGGGUCCGUAUAUGUUGGGCGUAAUCUUGAUCUCUCAAUUUUCAGAUCCUAUGAAGAACUACACGAAAAACUUGCAAAUAUGUGUGGGAUAGAGAGAUCGAAGAUGUUAAGCUGUGUGACCUACCGCGAUGCAACAGGCAUUCUCAGACAGAUGGGGAAUGAACCAUUUCGCGAGUUCACAAAGAAUGCAAAAAGGUUGGAGAUUUUGAUGAAUCCUGGGAGCACGGUUGGCAGGUAAAUUCCAAUAUACUUGCUACGUAAAUAAUAGUCCACUACUGAUAUUAUUUUAAUUGGAAUUUAUUGGUGCAAUAUGAGAAAUCUAAAUUCUAUUCCAAACUAUCAACUACACUGAUGUGAUUCCAUCAAAAAUAUAUCUUUCCCAACAAAAGUGCGGAUGUUAAUAGUGAAUGUCACAUUCUUGUGUAGUUGUGUACAAACCUUAAGGCUGCAUUUGGAACACGGGAAAUGGCAAGGGAAGAAAAAUAAACAGGAAAACAUUUGUUUCUGAGACUAAAAUGUCGCUCAUCUCUUACACAGGACUAUCCUUGACUUGUAACAUGUUUACCCCCCCCCCCCCCACUUCACUCACUGGUAUUCAUCUUCCAAUUCUAAGUGGAUCCCAAGUUAUUAAUGCUUGCAACCCUUGAUAACUCAGGACAUGGCUUACUGGUCUUCCAACGGCUGACUGUGGACUAAAUUCAUCAAGCCGAGAGGGCGCUCUUGGCAUAUUUGUGUAGCUAUACACAAGUAUGUACCGACGGCCUUAAUUUUUGUGGUGUAAACAAUUCAGGAACUAGUGUAGUACUGUAGGGGUGUGUUUGCAAGGUUCUUCCCGGAGAUGGAUAAAGUGUAUGUACACUUUAUUAACUUGUGACCUCAGGUUCCAACCUAAUUUGUGUAGUAUAUGUAGUCUCUUGGAGAUUUAUUUGGAAGGCUAGGAACUACAAGGAUAGCUAUUACGGUUUGAGUUUUCAUCUUACACAUUAAUCAAUUUAUUAGAUUGAUUGGCAGUUUUGUGACCUUUUUUCCCAUCUUAGAAUCUGUU